AUGGCCGUGCAGAAGAAACACGGAAAGGGCCGUUUGGACAAGUGGUAUAAGCUUGCAAAAGAGAAGGGCUACCGGGCCAGAGCAGCGUUCAAGUUGAUUCAGCUGAACAAGAAAUAUGGCUUCCUCGAGAAGAGCAAGGUCCUACUGGAUCUCUGCGCUGCGCCAGGAUCCUGGUGUCAAGUCGCUGCAGAGACCAUGCCAGCGAACAGCAUUAUCGUGGGAGUAGAUCUCUCACCGAUCAAAUCAAUUCCGAAGGUCAUCACCUUCCAGAGUGAUAUUACUACAGAGAAGUGCCGAGCAACAAUUCGCCAACACCUGAAGACAUGGAAAGCAGACACCGUCCUGCACGAUGGUGCGCCCAACGUCGGUACUGCGUGGGUCCAGGACUCGUUCAACCAGGCAGAACUGGCUUUGCAAGCUAUGAAAUUGGCGACCGACUUCCUCAUCGAAGGCGGCACAUUUGUUACCAAGGUCUUCCGUUCCAAGGAUUACAAUUCGCUUCUGUGGGUGUUCAAUCAGCUGUUCACAAAGGUAGAGGCCACCAAGCCGCCAUCGUCCCGUAACGUUUCGGCCGAAAUUUUCGUGGUGUGCCGCGGCUUCAAGGCACCCAAGCGAAUCGAUCCUCGGUUUCUAGACCCCAAAGCUGUGUUUGCUGAGCUAGCUGAUCCAACCCCGAAUAACGAGGCGAAGGUGUACAACCCGGAAGUGAAGAAGCGCAAGCGAGAUGGUUACGAAGAGGGCGACUAUACGCAAUUCAAGGAAAUGCCGGCCAGCGAAUUUAUUCAGACCACUGAUCCCAUUGCCAUUCUUGGCCAGUACAACCGACUAUCGUUUGAGCAGCCCAAGAAUGGUGACGUGGCCUUAGCUGCCCUCGACAAGCUACCAGAGACGACCGAGGAAAUCCGUCUGAGCUGUGCCGACCUGAAAGUGCUGAGCCGGAAAGAGUUCAAGGUCUUGCUACGGUGGCGGCUGCGGGUACGAGAGCUCUUUGGGUUUCCUUCGAAGAAGACCGCGGCGAAGCCACUGUCAGAGGAGGUCACGCAAGUGGACACUAUGGACGAGGAGAUGAAAAUCCAGCAAGAACUCCAGGCCAUGAAGGACAGAACGGACUCGAAGAAGAAACGCGAGAAGCGGAAGGAAAACGAGAAAAAGCAAAAGGACAUUGUGCGCAUGCAGAUGAAUAUGACUGCCCCGAUGGACAUCGGCAUGGAGCAAGCGGACGCAAUGGGCGAUGGGUCUAUGUUCGCCCUCAAGAAGCUACAAGAACCGGAUGCCCUUCGGAGAAUAGCGAAAGGAAAGAUGGCGUUUCUUAAUACGGACAAAAAAGUGGACCGAGACAGUGGUAUCGGAUCGUCUGGGGAGACGGACAACGAGAGCGACGAGGAAGAGGACCGGCUAGAGCGGGAGCUGGAUGGCUUGUAUGACGAGUACCAGGAUCGGAAGUCGUCUGCAGAUGCGAAGUAUCGGGCCAAGAAGGCGAGAGAGCGCAAAGGCGACGACGAUUGGGAGGGCUUCUCUGGCGAGGACAAAGAUAUCGAGGACAGCGAUGGCGAUCUUGAAGAAGACAGCAGCGAUGAUGAUGACGAUACCGCAGGCGGAAAACCAACAAAGUCUCUGCUUACAGACCUCGACAACGGGCCGGACGAAGAAGGAGGGUUGUCUAAACGAGCCAGAAGCUUUUUCAAUCAGGACAUUUUCAAGGAUAUACCCGGUGUCUUGGACGACCUUGUCGAGGAAGAGGAAGGCGAAGACGAAGACGAAGACGAAGAAGAGGAGGAGGAGGGUGAGAUAGAGGAUGAAGAGAUGCCAGACGUCGAUGAAAACGAUGCCGAAGAGGACGACAUUCCCAGCAAGGGCAAGUCCGGAAAGAAGGGAGCUAAAGAAGAGGUAACUUUUGACGAAUCAGAGAGCGAGGAUGGCGGUGGUGGUGGUUUCGAGGUCGUGAAGCGCAGCAAACAGGACACGGACGAGAACGACUGGGAAGAAGAAGACAAGCGACUCCGCUCUGACGGGCGACUAGACAUUGAUAUCAUCACGGCCGAAGCUAUGACACUUGCACAAUCCUUGGCUUCGGGACAGAGGCUGAAACACGAUGUCAUUGACGAUGGAUUUAACAAGCAUGCCUUCCGAGACAAGGACGGACUGCCGGAGUGGUUCCUGGAUGACGAGUCCAGACACGACAAGCUUCACCGGCCGAUCACCAAGGCAGGGGCGGACGCUAUCAAGGAGAAGAUGAGGGCUUUCAAUGCACGGCCAAUCAAGAAGGUGCGGGAGGCGCAGGCGCGCAAGAAGUUCAAGGCGGUACAGAAGCUGGAGAAGCUCAAGAAGAAGUCGGAGCUGCUGAUUGCGGACGAGGGUAUGACAGAGAAGGAGAAGGGCGACACGAUCAGCAAGAUGCUCAGCAAGGCGGCCAAGAAGAAGCCGCACACCCCGAUGAAGGUGGUGGUGGCGAGGGGUUCAAACCGGGGUAUCAAGGGACGACCGAAGGGUGUCAAGGGCAGAUACAAGCUGGUGGAUGCGAGAAUGAAGAAGGAGACCAGAGCGCUGAAGCGGGUGGCCAAGAAGUACAAGAAAUAG